AGGACGCAGUAGGACUGUAUACUUUGUAGGCUUCUAGUCUUGCUCAUAUCACGUUUAUAGUACAGAAUCCCACAGACAGAAAGAACAUUUCAAAUCUCUUCCGCAUCAAAGUAUCUGUUCUGUUUGAGAAAAAUUAGUUAAAAUAGUAGAGCGAACAUUUGAUUUAGGAAAAUAUGGUUUCGACUUUGUACUUUUGGCUCGUCUUGGCCGUCCUGCUGACCGCGUCCAAUGGAGAACCGCGCAACCAACCGAAGGGGUCUAUCAGCGUGUCAACCCGUUCGUCGACCUCUCGCGGCGAGUUAUCCGGUUGUCAUCAAGUCGGUCACACUAGGCGUGUCACUAUCCCGGACUGCGUUUCCUUCAUGAUUACAACCAACGCCUGUCGAGGUUUCUGCGAAUCUUGGUCAGUGCCGUCGUCCUGGGAGGCGCUGCUGAAAAACCCGGAGAAAGUCAUCACUUCGGUUGGCCAAUGUUGCAACAUCAUGGCGUCCGAAGACGUAACCGUUCGGGUAAUGUGUCUAGGCGGUCCGCGUGAUUUCACAUUCAAAUCGGCCAAGACGUGUUCCUGCUUCACUUGCAAGAAGGACUAAACAGCAAACAAUUCGAAUUCAAAUCUUCUAUGUUAUUCUCAUCAGUGUUGACAAUUGGCAUUAUCAGAAAAGACGUGUACACUUAAUGAUCGAUCAAUCCUUCGCUAAUAGACGUAUAAACUC